AUGUUUGAUAAAAAAGUAAAACUUAAUAAUAAUUGUGAAAUGCCUAUGCUAGGAUUGGGUACAUGGAUGAUUACAGAUGAAGAUAAACUUGAAGAGUCUAUUAGAAAUGCUAUAAAAUAUGGAUACAGGCACAUUGAUACAGCUUUUAUUUAUGGGAAUGAAAAAUUUAUAGGAAAAAUACUUAAAAAGAUAUUUACUGAAGGAUUAGUUAAACGCGAAGACUUAUUUAUCACAUCAAAGCUGUGGUGUACGUAUCAUGAUGAUCCAGAAAAAGGAAUUAAACUGACACUAAAAGAUUUACAGAUGGAUUACGUAGAUCUAUUUUUAGUUCAUUUCCCUGUUAAAUUUAAAACGGAUAAAAAUCAUAAUUCGUUUACGGAUGAAAAAGGGAAUAACGUGUUAGACACUUUUAAUUGUCUGGAUGUCUGGAAGAAGAUGGAAUCUUUAGUAGAUAAAGGGCUUACUAAAUCAAUAGGAGUGGCUAACUUUGGAAUGUACAACAUUGGCAAAAUAUUAAAAGAUUGCAGAAUAAAACCAGUUAUCAACCAAUUUGAAAUUCAUCCGUAUCUUUCACAGAAUGAGUUAGUGGAUUACUGUCAGAAAAAUGAUAUUAAUGUUGUAAGUUACUCAUCGUUAGGAGGAACAGCUAAACAGGAUGUUAAUUUAAAAGAAGACCCUGAAAUUUUAAGAAUAUCUAAAAAAUAUAAUAAAACUGUCCCACAAGUAAUAUUGAGCUGGCUAAUUAUGAGAGAUAUACUAAUUAUUCCUAAAAGUAUGAGUGAAAAACAUAUUAAAGAAAAUACAGAUUUAUUUACUCUAAAAUAUGAAGAUUUUAUGGCAAUAAGUAAAUUAAAUAGAAAUUAUAGAUUUAUUGAUUUACCUGAACAUGGACCAGAUAGAUUUAAAUAA